GACAAACCGAAAGCGUCAAAGAGCUCAGAUUGUGUUCCUGCUGCACAAGAGCGUCUGUACUUCUGCAGGUGAUGGUCAGCGGCUGAUUGUUUCCUCAAAGCUCUGCUAAUGUCUGCAUUGGUGUUUUAGCUGCAGUAUGGCAGAGGAGCGAGUAAAGGACUCUCUCUCAGAGAAACACAGUGUGAGAUCAGUAUCAUGUGUGUCUCUGAAGAGUGACCGGUCUAAAGGCAAUCCACCAGAGUUCAGAGAGAAAACCCCAUCAUCUGCCAUCAGUGUGAGAUCAGGAUCAUGUGUGUCCAGCUCUGUGUCUCUCAAGAGUGACUGUUCGAAAGAUUGGAAUCCACCAGACCUCAGAGAGAAAACACCAUCAUCUGCCCAAAGUAUGGAUAGAGAUGAUCAGACUGGAGACCUGCAGCAGGAUUCACUCCAACCAGAACAUGAUGAACUCCAGAGAGUCAAAGAGCAGCACAAAACCAGCAUGAAGAACAAGUAUGAGAGAUUAUUUGAGGGAAUCAACCAUCGAGAGACUCAAACCCUCCUAAACAGGAUCUACACACAGCUCUACAUCAUAGAAGGAGAGAGUGAAGGAGUGAAUGAAGAACAUGAGGUUUUACAGAUGGAGAAAACAGCCAGAACAAAACCCUCACAACACACUCCAGUCUACUGCAAUGACAUCUUUAAAGCCUCAGCUGGAGCAGGACAUGAGGAGAAGAUCAAGAAGAAGAAAGCCCAGAUCAAGACUGUUCUCACUAAAGGCAUCGCUGGAAUCGGGAAAACCAUCUCUGUGCAGAAGUUCAUUCUGGACUGGGCCGAGGGAAAAGACAAUCAAGAUGUAGAUUUCAUGUUUGUGCUUCCAUUUCGAGAGCUGAACUUGAUCAGAGAUCAUGAGUACAGUCUUCACAGACUUCUGCUGGACUUUCAUCCUGAACUUGAAGAUCUGGAGCCCAAGAUUUAUGAGCAGUGUAGAGUUGUGUUCAUCUUUGAUGGUCUGGAUGAAAGCAGAAUCACACUGAACUUUUCAGAUGAGGAGAAAGUUUGUGCUGUGACUGAAUCUUCAUCAGUGGCUGUGUUGAUGUGGAGCCUCCUAAAAAGAGAUCUGCUUCCCUCUGCUCUCAUCUGGAUCACCUCCAGACCAGCAGCAGCCCAUCAGAUCCCAUCCAGAUACAUCAACCGUCUGACAGAAAUUCAGGGAUUCACUGAGCCUCAGAAGGAGGAAUAUUUCAGGAAGAGAAUCAGCGACGAGCAUCAAGCCAGCAGAAUCAUCUCCCACAUCAGAAGAGCAAGAAGCCUCCAGAUCAUGUGCCACAUACCCGUCUUCUGCUGGAUCUCCUCCACUGUGCUUCAGAAGCUUCUGGAAGAAGAUCUGAGUGCAGAAAUCCCCCAAACUCUGACUGAGAUGUACAUCCACUUCCUGCUGAUUCAGAUCAACAUGAGGAAGCAGAAGUAUGAAGAGAGAGAUCCAGAGAAACUCCUGCAGUCCAGCAGAGGAGUGAUCCUCAAACUUGCUGAAGUGGCUUUCAGACAGCUGAUGAAGGGCAAUGUGAUGUUCUAUGAGGAGGACCUGAUUGAGAGCGGCAUAGACGUCACUGACGCCUCAGUGUAUUCUGGGAUCUGCACUGAGAUCUUCAAGGAGGAAUCUGUGAUUCAUCAGAGGAAAGUCUACAGCUUCAUCCAUCUCAGCUUUCAGGAGUUUCUGGCUGCUUUCUUUGUGUUUUACUGCCAUUUAACAAACAAGAGAGAACCACUGGAGUUGAUUUAUGAGAGAGAAUAUUCAUAUAAUCAACAUGUACAGGCCAGCUCUGAGAAGUCUCUGUAUGAUCUGCUCAGAUCAACAGUAGAUAAAGCUGUCUGGAGAGAAGGUCAUCUGGAUCUGUACCUGCGGUUCUUGUUGGGCAUCUCACUGGAGUCCAAUCAGAGACUCUUCCAGGAUCUGCUGACACACAGAGAGGAGAGCUCAGAGAGCAUCAGGAGAAUCACACAGGCCAUUAAAGACAAGAUCAAGAGAGAUCACCGACUCUCAGCUGACAGAUCCAUCAAUCUGUUCCUCUGUCUGCUGGAGGUGAAAGAUCAGACUCUGUCCAGAGAGAUUCAGGAGUUUGUGAAAUCAGACAAACACUCAGAGGAGGAAUUCUCUCCUGCUCACUGCUCAACAAUCUCCUACAUGAUUGAGAUGUCAGAGGAGCCGCUGGAUGAGUUAGACUCUAAUAAAUUCAACACAUCAGAUGAGGGAAGACGGAGAUUGAUACCAGCUGUGAGAAACUGCAGAAGAGCUCUGUGA